AUGAAGCUCGCAUUUGCUCCUCUUCUCCUCUCUGGCGCCCUUGCCCUGCCAGAGCCCGGCACCGCCACUUCACACAAGGUCUCCAUGAGCAAUGGCCACAGCCUUACUCGUCCCGAUGGAAGGGCUAAUGUUCCUGGAAUAUUCGCUUCUCUCAACGCUACGCUCAUGAAGUUCGGCACAAAGCCACUUCCGCACUACGAGCCCGUGGCGCAGCAGCAAGCAGAAUAUGCUGCCGAGAGACACAGGCAGAAGGCUACCAACAAGAUGGUGUUAGCGAUGGACGACAAAUACUACGGGCCGGUAACGAUUGGUUCUAAGGACGGAAAUGCGCAGACGUUUGAGCUUAUCUUCGACACUGGGUCUUCUGACAUUUGGGUCCCCAGCCCAGGCUGUGGCCCUCUCGAUGGAUGCGUCCAUUCGAACAAAUACGAUGGAGGAGGCAUUGAUCUCCAAACGACUGUGCCUUCGGGUUACCUAACAGCCUCCGUGUCUGGUGACAUAUAUGUGGAUGACAUGACCAUUGCCGGUUUGAAAUCGGCCAACCAGACACUCAUGGCAAUUAAAUCAGCCACUGGUUUCUCAAAUCUGGAUGCUGACGGGAUCUGCGGUAUGGCUUUCUCAUUCCUCGCUAAAGGCAACGCCAUCACCUUUUUUGAGAACCUCGUCGCCUCAGGGGCAGUUGAAAAGGAUGAGUUCAGCUUUUACUUGGGCCGUCUGGCCUCGGGCACAGGGAGCGAUUCGGAAAUGGUCCUUGGCGGUCGGGACAGCACGAAAUACACCGGACCAUUCGUCACUUUGCCGGUUGUCUCCGAGACGUACUGGCAAGUCGACUUGGACAACGUCAAGGUCCGUGGCCUUGUCGCUGGCUUGCACACUAAGGGCCAGGCCGCGAUCGACACGGGUACACCGAUGAUUAUUGCGCCCCCAGCCGCCGCAAGGGAGAUCAUGUCGCAAAUACCUGGAAGCUUGCCUCUCUCGAUGCAAAUCCAUGGCAGUGCUUUCGAUAUGUUCCUUUUCCCCUGCGACACGGCAGAUUCAUACAUUCCAAGCAUCACAUUCGCAGGUGCCAACUUCCAAAUCAGUCCCGUCGAUUUCAACAUUGGAAAGGUAGCUCCUGAAGAGGUUGACGAAAUCGCGAUGGGCAGCGAAUCCCUUGCGGCAGAGAUCCGAACCAAGAUGGGGGAGGUGACCGACUAUUGCGUCGCGGGACUCAAAGGUGUACAGAUCAACUCGGCCUCAGGAACCACCGACCUUUACGUCAUUGGUGCUGCCUUCCUGAAGAACUGGUAUACUGUCAUGUCAUACAGUGCCAACAAUGGCAGCCCUGCUGUGCUGUUCGCACCAAGCAUUGGUAACGUCUUGUCCCGAGACGGCUGA